GGCCCCGCCAGCCCCGCCCCGCGCCCUCAGCAGCCUUGGCUCUAAGCUCCGGCUUGGAGCUGCAGCUGGGGCAGCAGGUGAGGUGGCCUCCCUCUUCCCUGGCGGGGUGUGAGUGUUCACCUGGUGCCGGGUGCUCAGACUCGAGGGGGGAGGACGUUGGGCAUCACGGUAGCCCCGGGCGAGGCUCAGCUGCCCGAGGGCUCUCAGAAGCGGCGGCUCUGGAUGAGGAUCCCAGUCUAGACCUCGAGUCUGCUCCCAGCCAGGCCCGAACGGGGCCCCAGCGGGGCCUCAGCGGGGCCUAGAUGGAGCUUCUCCCGCCGCCUUCCCAGCCUUCACUGUUGCUGUUGCUGCUGCUGCUGUUGCCGCCGCCGUCGCUGCUGGCCAGAGGGUCCUGGCGGUGCCCACGCACCCCCUAUGCCGCCUUGCGCAAUUUUGACGUGGAGUACCAGGUGCCGAGCUUCUCUGCCGGAGGUCCGGUACAGGCCGUAACGACCUACGAGGGCGGCGAGGACGGGAGUGCAGUGUUCGUAGCUAUACGCAAUCGCCUGUUUGUGCUGGGGCCUGGCCUGCAGCCAGUAGAGAGCCUGGUCACGGGCCCUGUUGGGGACUCCGGCUGCCAGACAUGUGCGGCCUGUGGCCCGGGCCCCCACAGCCCACAGGGAGACACAGAUGCACGGGUGCUGGUGCUGGAGCCGGCGCUUCCCGCGCUGGUCAGCUGCGGCUCUAGCCUGCACGGCCGCUGCUUCCUGCACGAACUUGAGCCGGGAGGCGCUGCCUUGCGCCUGGCACCUCCGCUCUGCCUCUUCUCCGCCCACCACAACCGACCCGACGAGUGCCCUGACUGUGUGGCCAGCCCCCUGGGCACCCUGGUGACCGUGGUGGAGCAGGGCCAUGCCUCCUACUUCUACACGGCAUCCUCGCUGGACGCGACGGUGGCCGCGAGCUUCAGCCCCCGCUCGGUGUCCAUCCGGCGCCUCAAGGCCGAUGCCUCCGGAUUCGCACCCGGCUUUGCGGCGCUGUCGGUGCUGCCCGAGUACCUCACUUCCUACUCCAUCGAGUACGUGUACACUUUCCGCGCCGGAGCCUUCGUCUACUUCCUGACCGUGCAGCGGCCCAGCGUGACAGCUGCCCCGGGCGCCUUGCACACGCGCCUGGCACGGCUCAGCGCUGCCGAGCCCGAGCUGGGCGACUACCGGGAGCUGAUCCUCGACUGCCGUUUGGAGCCCAAACGCCGGCGCCGCGCAGCGCCCCAGGGAGGACAGUCCUACCCAGUGCUGAGAGCGGCCCACACGGCGCCCGUGGGCAGCCAGUUGGCCAAGGAGCUGAGCAUCCCCCAGGGCCAGGAAGUGCUAUUCGGAGUCUUCGCGACUAGGAGAGACAGCAGCCCCGGUGUGAAUCCCAAUUCUGUCGUCUGUGCCUUUCCCCUCGACCUCGUGGACACUCUCAUUGAGCAGGGUGUGGAACGCUGUUGUGAGCCUCCUGUCUCCUCCGGCCUGCGGCGAGGCCUCGACUUCUUCCAGUUGCCUAGUUUUUGCCCCAACCCGCCUGGCCUGGAGGCCCCCAGCCUCAACACCAGCUGCCGUCACUUCCCUCUACUGGUCACUGGCAGCCUAUCACGUGUGGACCUCUUCAAUGGAUUGUUAGGACCAGUGCAAGUCACUGCCCUGCACGUGACACGCCUCAACAAUGUCACAGUGGCCCACAUGGGCACAGCUGAUGGGCGCAUCCUGCAGGUGGAGCUGGUCAGAUCUCUCAACUACUUGCUGUUUGUGUCCAACUUCUCACUGGGCAACAAUGGGCAGCCCACACAACGAGAUGUUAGUCGCCUUGGAGACCACCUGUUCUUUGCUUCCGGGGAUCAGGUCUUCCAGGUACCUAUCCAGGGCCCUGGCUGCCACCACUUCCUCACCUGUGGGAGUUGUCUGCGGGCACAGCGUUUCAUGGGCUGUGGCUGGUGUGGGGGCAUGUGUGGCCGGCAGAAAGAGUGUCCUGGCUCCUGGCAACAGGAUCAUUGCCCACCUAAGCUUACUGAGUUCUACCCUCAGAGUGGACCCCUAAGGGGCAGCACAAGGUUGACCCUGUGUGGCUCCAACUUCCACCUGCGUCCUGCUGAUCUGGUGCAUGAGGGCACACAUCAUGUCACCGUGGGCCAAAGUCCCUGCCGACUGCUGCCCAAGGACAGUUCAAACCUCAGCCCAGUGCCCCAGAAAGACUUUGUAGAGGAGCUUGAGUGUGAGCUACAGCCCUCGGGAAAGCAGCCAGCAGGGCCCGCCAAUGUCAGCCUCACUGUGACCAACGUGCCUCCAGGCAAGCACUUCCGGGUAGAUGGCACCUCCAUGCUGCAAGGCUUCUCUUUCAUGGAGCCGGUGCUGACAGCAGUAAAACCCCACUUUGGCCCACGGGCAGGGGGUACCCGCCUCACCCUUGAAGGCAAGGGCCUGUCCUUAGGCACCAGUCAGACUGUGCUGGUCAAUGGGACUGAGUGCCCACUGAAACAGGUCAGCGAGCAGCAGCUUUUAUGUACCACGCCCCCUGGGGCUGCUACGGCCAUCGUUCCCAUCCACCUGCAGGUAGGGGGUGCUGUGGUGCCUGGCUCCUGGAACUUUCACUACCGGGAAGACCCCAUUGUGCUGGGCAUCAGCCCCAACUGUGGCUAUAUUGGCUCCCAUGUCACCAUCCAUGGCCAGCAUCUGACUUCAGCAUGGCACCUAGUGCUGUCAUUCCAUGAUGGACUUAGGGUAGUGGAAAACAGGUGUAAGGGGCUGUCCCCGGAGCAGCACCAGUGCCGCCUGCCUGAUUAUGUGGUCCGAAGCCCCCAGAGGUGGGUGAUAGGGAACCUGAGUGCCUGGGGGGAUGGAGCUGCUGGCUUCACACUGCCUGGUUUUCGCUUCCUGCCCCCACCCCAUCCACCCAGCACUGACCUAGCCCCGCUGAAGCCUGAGGAGCAUGCCAUUAAGUUUGAGUAUAUUGGGCUGGGUGCUGUGGCUGAUUGUAUAGACAUGAAUGUGACCGUGGAUGGUAAGGUCUGCCAGCAUGAACUCCGGGGGGACGUGGUCAUCUGCCCUCUGCCCCCCUCCCUGGAACUUGACAAGGAACCACUACCACUGCAGGUCUGUGUGGAUGAUAAAUGUCACAUCCUGGGGAGGGUGGUACGGCCAAGCCGAGAGCGGGUCCCACAGAGGCUACUCCUUGGUGUCCUGCUGGCCCUGCUCGUGCUUGUAGCUGUGCUGGCCACUGUGCUGAUCUUCAACUACCGGCGGAGGAGACAGCUAGUCCUCUCUCUAAACUCAAAUGACCUGGCAUCCUUGGGCCAGACGACUGGAGCUGUGCCCUUGCCUGUGCUCUGCUCAGGCUCUGACUACAGAAGUGGCCAAGCCACCCCUGCCGCCGCCGAUGGUCUGCAUGAUCUGGAUGGUCUGGAUUCUACUACUUGGGGCCACAAAGCGUCCUCCUCAGACAGUGGGGAUGGGUCCUGUGUCCCACUGCUGCGGACAGCGUCCAUCCAGCUUGGGGACUUGGACUCUGCACUCCUGGCCGAGGUCAAGGAUGUGCUGAUCCCCCACGAGCAGGUGGUCACCCACAGUGACCGAGUCAUUGGCAAAGGCCACUUUGGAGUUGUCUAUCAUGGAGAAUACAUAGACGAGGACCAGAAUCGAAUCCACUGUGCUGUAAAGUCACUGAGUCGCAUUACAGAGGUGCAGGAGGCAGAGGCCUUCCUGCGCGAGGGGUUGCUCAUGCGUGGUCUGCACCACCCAAACGUACUGGCUCUCAUCGGUAUCGUGCUGCCACCUGAAGGCCUGCCCCGUGUGCUGCUGCCCUAUAUGCGCCAUGGAGACCUGCUUCGGUUCAUCCGCUCACCCCAGCGGGUCGGUGCUCAGAAUCCCACGGUGAAGGACCUCAUCAGCUUCGGCCUUCAGGUAGCCCGUGGCAUGGAGUACUUGGCAGAGCAGAAGUUUGUGCACAGGGACCUGGCUGCUCGGAACUGCAUGCUGGACGAAUCAUUCACAGUUAAGGUGGCUGACUUUGGCCUGGCUCGUGAUAUCCUGGACAAGGAAUACUACAGUGUUCGACAGCACCGCCACGCUCGCCUCCCUGUCAAAUGGAUGGCACUGGAGAGCCUGCAGACCUACAGAUUCACCACCAAGUCUGACGUGUGGUCGUUUGGUGUGUUGCUAUGGGAGCUGCUGACACGGGGUGCCCCACCAUAUCCCCACAUUGACCCUUUUGACCUCAUUCAAUUCCUGGCCCAGGGUCGGCGCCUGCCCCAGCCUGAAUAUUGUCCCAAUUCUCUGUAUAUGGUGAUGCAACGCUGCUGGGCUGUGGACCCCGCGGUGAGACCCACCUUCACGGCACUGGUGGAGGAAGUAGAGCACGUGGCGGCCAGGCUGCUUGGGGACCACUAUGUGCAGCUGCCGGCAGCCUAUGUAAACCUGGGCGCUGGUGCCUCGGAGGAGGCAAACAAGCCCCCAGAGCAGUUGCAGACCACACCUGUGCACAGGAACACGGGUCGACUCCGGCCUUUCUCAGAGCCAUCACAGCCCACGUGACCUCAGCUGUGGGCAGGCCUCCAGGGAUUGGACUGUCUAGCAGCCAGGGAGUUAAUCCCAAACUGCCUCUGGGCCAGGCUAGGCCCCAGGGCAGCCCAGGCUGGCCUCUGUCCUGUCCCUCCCCCUGAACUUUCUGGGGCGACAGGAGGGAGCAGGGCCCCAUGGCCCCUCACUCCACAGAGGGAACAGUGGGGUGAUCCUCAAUGUGAUGAGUAUUUAUGAGGUACCUGGUGUGUGCCUGACCUGCUGGGCACAGGAGACUCAGCAGUGACCAGCACUGGCCCUUGAAAUAGUAAAUGAACACCCGAAUAUUCAAGUGCAAA